AUAAAUUAGUGCUGGUACUUAUCACUGUGAUCAGGAAUUCAAAUUCAAACCAUCUGAAUAUUUUAAGACACAAGCAAGAAUAGAGAUUAAAAAUGAAUUUAAAAAGGGGGAAAUGAUUGGAUUGAAGAAAAGCGGAUGGAAUUCGAAAUGGAACGGCGUGUGGUAUUACAACCGCAGGGGGAGGCAGCCGCCCGUCUCGCACCGUCCGCCCCUAAAACAGCGCCACGUCCCGCCGCCCCCUCAAUGUCCGUGGCCACCGGCGGCGGCGGCGUCCACCCCCGUGCCCAAUGCCCAAGCCCCACCACGCCGCCUCCUCGCCGCCGCCGCAGCCGCCGCCGCUCCUCCCGCUCGCGCUCCUCCCGCCGCGGCACUGCCCGCUCGCCGCCUCGGUGCUGGCGCUGCUCUCGGUUCUCCUCGCCACCGCGCUCUGGCUCCUCCUCGUGCUCUCCCCGUCCCAGGGGGCCCCGCCCGUUGCCGCGCUCUCGGCGCUGUCGGAUGCGGCCGCGAUCGCCGGCCCCGACGCGGCCUCGCCGCUCGCGCUCGGCCACAUCGUCUUCGGCAUCGCGGGCUCCGCGCACCUCUGGCCGCGCCGCCGCGAGUACGUCCGCCUGUGGUGGGACCCAGCCGCGAUGCGCGGCCACGUCUGGCUCGACGCGGGGGCGCCCGCCGCGCCGGGGCCCAGCGCCCCCGGGGAGGGCUCCCUCCCGCCGAUCCGGGUGUCCGAGGACACCUCGCGGUUCCGGUACACCAACCCCACGGGCCACCCGUCGGGACUCCGGAUCGCGCGCAUCGCGGCCGAGGCCGUGCGGCUCGUCGGCGGCGGGGGCGCGCGGUGGGUCGUGCUCGUCGACGACGACACCGUGCUGUGCGCGGACAACCUGGUCGCCGUGCUCGGCAAGUACGACUGGAGGGAGAUGGUGUACGUCGGCGCGCCGUCCGAGAGCCACUCCGCCAACACGUACUUCAGCCACAGCAUGGCGUUCGGGGGCGGCGGCGUCGCGCUCAGCUUCCCCCUCGCCGCCGCCCUCGCGCAGACGCUCGACGUCUGCAUCGAGAGGUACCCCAGGCUGUAUGGAAGCGACGACCGCCUCCAUGCUUGCAUUACGGAGCUCGGCGUGCCCUUAUCCCGCGAGUAUGGAUUCCACCAGUGGGAUAUCAGAGGCAAUGCUCAUGGUAUAUUGGCAGCUCAUCCAAUUGCCCCUUUCAUCAGUAUUCACCAUUUGGAGCUUGUGGACCCCAUAUACCCUGGACUGAGCUCUCUUGAGAGUUUGGAGCUCUUUACAAAAGCUAUGAAAAUGGAAUCCAUGAGCUUCCUGCAGCGUUCAAUUUGUUAUGAUCAAAGCCAAAAGCUUACAUUGGCUAUCUCGUUGGGCUAUGUUGUUGAAGUAUACCCCAAUAUUCUUCUUCCUCCCGAAUUGGAGCGAUCGGAAAGGACUUACAUUACUUAUAAUAGGAUGAGUCAGAGAAAUGAAUUCGAUUUUGAUACUAGAGAUGUUCAGAAAUCGUUGUGCAAGAAACCGAUCUUAUUUUUCUUGAAGGAUGUCUGGAAGGAUGGAAACAUAACUAGGGGCUCUUACGUACGAUCAAGUGGUAGGGAUGACCUCAAAAGAAAGGUGUUUUGCUUCCGGUCACCCCCUUUACCUGACAUAGAUGAGAUCCAAGUUUCCUCGUCUCCAUUAAGCAAGCGCUGGCAUCUGGCACCAAGAAGGUUGUGCAGUUCACUUAAAGGAUCAAUUAAUGGUACUCUGUUUAUGUUUGUUCGGCAAUGUGGACGAGGGGCUUUUGGCUCAGCUUCUGAUUCUCUAUGACUGAUUGAAAACAGAGAUGUAUAUUUUUUGUCAAGAUGAUAUGUGAAAGAUGUAGUUACCGCCCUAGAUUCUUUGAACCAAGUGUUCUGGGGACUCUUUUUCUGCCUCAAGCGCUUGACAGUUACCAACUGCUUGUCAUACUUGGUUGUUACUGAAGCAGUUGCUGACAGAAGAAUUUGCUGAAAAGGAAUACUGGAUGCUUUUGCUGUGGAAUCUUCUAUGCGGCUGGUGUAUGAUACUUGUGAACUGAGGCCGAGUGAAGAGAAACAUUUAACGAAGUUGCGUUAGUCUGACAGAAAUUACUGGCUGGCUUCAUUCUUUGAGACCAGUGUACUUACCUUCAUUGAUUCUCCUUGAAAAUGCGUUAAAUCAGUAACAAUAGUAAUGUGUUAGCUGUGCAUUGUAGGGCUGUAACACUUCAUACCCAAUUGUGAAACAGUGUAAAGCACAAUCUUACGCCUUCUCUGUGAAAGGGGAGCAUUUCCUAAAGAGUUGCAGCAGGUUUCCAGUCAGGAUCCUAGGAGUAAUUGAUUUCAGAAUUUAGGCUUAUUUAGUCCUAGUGUCAUUUAGGUCCACUUUGGAACAAGGAUUUUCUUUUCACUUUCUUGUGAAAAUCCCAUGAUCUAAACAGAACAGACCCUUGAAGCUCCACUCUAUGCUCUCAGCUGUGUCUGACUUCAUCUGGUUUAGGGACACUUUACUGGGGCAUGCCUAGUGUUGAGUGUUUAGAAUGAACAUGGACCCAACUCCCUUUUCAA